CAUCACCGUCACUCUAUAUACAUGCAUAUCAUAUGAUAUCUCUUUCAAACACUCUCUUCUUCACUUCAGACACCACUUACCAGAAAGAAUCUCACACUCACGCCCCAAUUCAGAGUUCUUUGCCAGUUAUAAUGGCUCUUCAGGCUGCUUCUUUGGUUUCCUCUGGUUUUGUUGUCCCCAAAGAGGCUAAAUCUAAUGCUUCUUUCAAGGACUCAAGUUUAUUUGGAGUUUCACUCUCAGACCAUCUCAAAGCUGACUUCAGCUCUUCUGCACCGAGGUCCAAGAGGGAGUCAAACCAAAGAGUUGGGGCUGUAAGAGCCCAGACAAUGGCUACAGCAAGUCCAGCAGUCAACAGGGCUGUCCCGGAGGGCAAGAAAACCCUAAGGAAGGGCAGUGUUGUGAUAACUGGUGCCUCUUCUGGAUUGGGUCUAGCCACAGCUAAGGCCUUAGCUGAAACUGGAAAAUGGCACGUAAUUAUGGCCUGCAGGGACUUCCUCAAGGCAGAAAGAGCUGCCAAAUCUGCUGGAAUUGCCAAGGAAAACUACACCAUUAUGCACUUGGACCUUGCUUCCCUUGACAGUGUCCGCCAAUUUGUUGAUAACUUCAGGCGAUCAGGAAGGCCACUUGAUGUUCUGGUUUGCAAUGCUGCUGUUUACCUGCCAACAGCCAAGGAUCCUACUUUCACUGCUGAAGGAUUCGAACUUAGUGUCGGAACUAACCAUCUUGGUCACUUCCUUCUUUCUCGUUUGCUGCUUGAUGAUCUCAAUAAAUCUGAUUACCCAUCAAAGAGACUCAUAAUUGUUGGCUCAAUUACUGGGAACACAAAUACCUUGGCUGGGAAUGUACCUCCAAAGGCCAAUCUUGGAGACUUGAGGGGGCUUGCAGGAGGCUUGAAUGGGCUAAACAGUUCUUCCAUGAUCGAUGGUGGGGAAUUCGAUGGAGCCAAAGCCUACAAGGACAGUAAAGUCUGCAAUAUGCUCACUAUGCAAGAGUUCCACAGGCGUUUCCAUGAAGAAACAGGCAUCGCAUUUGCUUCCCUUUAUCCCGGUUGCAUUGCCACAACAGGCUUGUUCAGGGAACACAUUCCUUUGUUCAGGCUUCUAUUCCCUCCGUUCCAGAAGUAUAUCACCAAGGGUUUUGUCUCCGAAGAUGAAGCCGGAAAAAGGCUUGCUCAGGUCGUGAGCGAUCCAAGCUUGGCAAAAUCAGGUGUAUACUGGAGCUGGAACAAGGCCUCUGCUUCAUUUGAGAACCAGUUAUCCCAAGAAGCUAGUGAUGCAGACAAGGCUCGUAAAGUAUGGGAGAUUAGCGAGAAACUCGUUGGUUUGGCUUAAUUGAUGAGAAGCUUCAAGUUCUUAUCAACUGAUCUUUGCCACGGGAGAGGAUGAUGUUAGUGCAGAGCUCAGUCCUUUUUAUGAGUGUGAGAAGCUUCGAUUCGUUUUGAUGUUUCUGUAAACAAUUCUCUUGUAGAAGUAGAUGACCUGUUUGUAACUUUUUUAACAAUAAAAUCACUCAUCCUUGUUCCGAAGUGCAAAUAUAACUCUUUAAGAAAUGAAAAUAUUUUGUAGCCAUUUAAAAGUAA